UUGCUAUUGAGACAAUUUACCAUACGGAUAAUAUAAUUUCAUUUGGUAAAGAUUUCACGUCUUUAAAUAAAUUUUAUGAUGAACAGUCUGUUUCUAAUAUAUUAGUAAACUUGAAAUUACUUUUAUUGAAAGCUGAAAAAAAUCAUACUAAAUUUGAAAAAAUUAUUGCCAAAAUUAGUCCUAUUAAGAAAAGUAUACAGAACCUUAAGAAAGAGUUAAAAGAUUAUGAUUUAAACAAAGUAAAAGAUAUUGAUAUUGAUUCUAAAAUAUGUAAUAAAUUAAAAAAAGCUGAAUCAAAUAAGUUAUUAUAUAGAUCAUUAGCAACUAUUAUUGUUGUAGAUUAUAUUUACUUUUUUCUUAAUGGACCAAUAGAUAUAAGUAUGACAAUAGCAAUAGGAGCUAUUGAAUUAGAAGCAUUAGCAGUAGUAAUAACAGUAGUUUUAUCAAUAAUGUCAGUGGUAGCAGGAAAUGUAGGAUUAAAAGCAGAGCAUACUAAAGCAGAAGCAUUGCCUAUAUUAGAAAUAAUUUGA